AUGUCUACUCCAUUUGGUGUUGAUUUUGGUAAUAACAGCACUGUUAUUGCAUGUGCUAGAAACAGAGGUAUUGAUAUCAUUGUCAAUGAAGUCUCCAACCGUGCUACUCCAUCCUUAGUUGGGUUCGGUAUGAAAAACAGAUUCAUUGGUGAAAGUGGUAAGAAUCAACAAGGUUCAAAUUUAAAGAACACCGUUGAAAAUUUAAAAAGAAUUUUAGGUUUAAACUACAAUGAUCCAGAUUUUGAAACUGAAUCUAAAUAUUCAACCGCUCAAUUAGUUGAAGGUGAAAAUGGUGGUAUUAACGCCAAAGUUAGAUACAUGGGUCAACAACAAGAAUUCACUUCAACUCAAUUAACUGCCAUGUAUUUAAACAAAAUCAAAGAUAUCACUGCCAAAGAAACUAAAGGUAAUAUCCAAGAUAUCUGUCUUUCAGUUCCUGUUUGGUAUACUGAAAAGCAAAGAAGAGCUGCUUCUGAUGCUUGUAAAAUUGCUGGUUUAAACCCUGUUAGAAUUGUUAACGAAGUUACUGCCGCUGCUGUUGGUUACGGUGUUUUCAAAGCUAAUGAUUUACCAGAAGAUGAACCAAGAAAAGUUGCCUUUAUUGAUAUUGGUCACUCUUCAUUCCAAGUCACCAUCGCCGCUGUUAAAAGAGGUGAAUUAAAAGUCUUAGGUUCUGCUUAUGAUAAACAUUUUGGUGGUAGAGAUUUUGAUUUAGCUAUUGCUAAACAUUUCGCUGAAGAAUUUAAAACCAAAUACAAGAUUGAUGUUUUCGAAAAUCCAAAAGCUUUUUACAGAGUUUUAUCUUCAGCUGAAAAAUUAAAGAAAGUUUUAUCAGCCAAUUCUUCAGCUCCUUUCAAUAUUGAAUCUUUAAUGAAUGAUGUUGAUGUUUCAUCUUCUAUGACUAGAGAAGAAUUAGAAGAAUACAUUCAACCUUUAUUAGAAAGAAUCCAUGUUCCAAUUGAAGUUGCUUUGAAAGAUGCCAAAUUAUCUGCUGCUGAUUUAGAUUCUAUUGAAUUAAUUGGUGGUUGUACCAGAGUUCCAGCCAUUAAAGCUAAAUUAGUUGAAAUUUUCGGUAAAGAAUUAUCUUUCACUUUAAAUCAAGAUGAAGCUAUUGCUAGAGGUAAUGCUUUCAUUUGUGCUAUGCACUCACCAACUUUAAGAGUUAGACCUUUCAAAUUCGAAGAUUUUAACCCUUACUCAGUUUCUUACUUCUGGGAUAAAGAAGAUGAAGAUGAUGAUCAUUUAGAAGUCUUCCCAAGAGGUGGUGUUUUCCCAUCAACCAAAAUCAUUACUUUAUUCAGAAAAGGUGAUUUUGAAAUCGAAGCUAAAUAUUCUAACAAAUCAGAAUUACCAGCUGGUACUGAAGAAUUAAUCUGUAAAUGGUCAAUUUCCGGUGUUAAAUUAGGUGCUGAUGCUUCAAUUGCCACCAAAUUGAAAUUAAGAAAUGAUCCUUCAGGUUUCUACACUAUUGAAUCAGCUCACACUGUUGAAGAACAAUUAGUUAAAGAAUUAGUUGAACCAAAAGAAGGUGAAGAAGAACCAGAAGAACCAGAAUACCGUGAAGUUAAAAAAUUAGUUAAAAAAGAUGAUUUAAUCAUUGAUUGUAAAUCAGCUGCUUUAACUGAAGAAGAAAGAGAAAAAGUCACUGAAAAGGAAAAUGCCAUGGUUAUGGAAGACAAAUUAGUCGCUGAUACUGAAGAUAGAAAGAAUGCUUUAGAAGAAUAUAUUUACGAAUUAAGAGGUAAAUUAGAAGAACAAUAUAAAGAUUUCGCUUCAGAUGAUGAAAAAUCAAGAUUAGGUGAUUUAUUAAUGAAAGCUGAAGAUUGGUUAUAUGAUGAUGGUUAUGACUCAACUAAAGCUAAAUAUAUUGCUAAAUAUGAAGAAUUAGCUUCAAUUGGUAAUAUAAUCAGAGGUAGAUACUUAGCCAAAGAAGAAGAAAAGAAACAAGCUUUAAGAGAAAAACAAGAAGCUAAACAAGCUGCUGCUAUGGCUGAAAAAUUAGCUGCUCAAAGAGCUGCUGGUGCUCAACAAGAAGAAAAGAAGGAAGAAGCUCCAAAGGAAGAAGAAGAUAUCGAAAUGGGUAUGUAG